AUGGACAAGCCGAAGCAGUUUUAUUGUCUACGGGGUUUCCCUUUUGCUAUGCAAGUGUGGAUAUAUGAGUGUUGCUCUAACGUUGACCCUAAUUUAAUGGUUAAAAUCGGAAGCCGAAUCCCAAGAAUGUUUAAUUGGAGAACAGUGAACCCAAAGCCAUCUGUUAACUACUUGAUGUUGGGCAUGUUUAAGGACGGUGAGGACAUUUGUUGUAAAUUCAACAACAUUGUUCCGACCAUGUCAAAGGUUGAGAAGCUUGGUCUGCGUGCAUACCUGAUCAACAGACCUGCACCACCACCCCAAACACACCAAGAGGAGGAAAAUGAAUAUGCAGAUUUUACCACAACACCUCCCCAUGUUGCCGCUGCCAAGAAAACUCAAAAGAACGAUGCUUCAAAAUCUCCACCGCACAAGAAGCCCAGGAAGAUGUCGACGGCAGCAUUGCUUGUUCAGAAGUCACCAACCACAAUCCCAAAAAAACCUACAGUUGGACAAUCAUCUAAAAAAUCUGCUUCGGUGGUAGAUAAGUCGGUUCAAUCAAAGGAAAAAGAAAAAGCUGCUCCAAGUGUCCACCGCGUUCCUGUUGACGACGUAUCCACCAGCAAAUCAGUUGAACUCACAAGUUUGUGGCAGGAACUUAAUCAAUUUAAGCAGGAAGUGCUUACUGAAUUCAAGGUUGUUUUUACUGAGCUCAAGGAUCUUCGCAAAAUUAUUGAUAAAAAUUUCGAAAAGGUUUUGGAACAUGUCAAAGGGAAACAAAACUCAGAAAAGAUUCAUGUAUUUUUACAUACUUUGGCCUGUGUUUUUUAUAAGGAGAAGGGUCUUGCACCGGAUAUUCAAGUCGGUAUUGGCAAUGAUAGCGGCGAUACGCUGAAAGCUUCAACCGAAGAGAUUGCGGAAGGAGGUGAUCAUUCAGGAGAACCGAAGACUUCGGUUGAACGUUCGGUGGAUCAAACAGAGGAAAAGGGUCUUGCACCGGAUAUUCAAGUUGAUAUUGGCAAUGAGAGCGGCGAUACAAUGGAAGCUUCAACCGAAGAGAUUGCAGAAGGAGGUGAUCUUUCAGGAGAACCGAAGAAUUCAGUUGAACGUUCGGGGAAACAUACUGUGGAAGAGCAAAAAUGUUCUGAUGAUUCAAAUAAUUCUGAGAUGAUCGCACAGGUGCUAGAGGAACCCCAGGCAGCAGUUUGUAACGCGCAGCCGUUGUCUCAGUGGUUGUUGCCUGAUGAGUAUUUACCUAGCCAAACCCCAGGGAAAGAAAUCAUGUUACAUCCAUCAGUCACACGAGCUACACGCCCCAGUAAAUACAAGUCUUCACCGUUUAUAGAUCCCAUUACUGGUCCACUUGAUGUACAGAUGGUGGAUGAAUACCGUACUUGGCUUCGGAACGGUCUGCUUAAAAAACUACGAAGACCAUUACAAAAAAAAAUGGCAGUUUUUGACAAUGGAGUCAAAUUCAAUUUUGGCAUCACAACUGUCAAUGAUAAGAACUGGUUUUACCUGUUAUCGAUGGAUGAGAGCUAUUUUUCAGAACAUUCGGUAUGCUGUGUUUUUGUAAAAUACAGAGAGCACAUUGACGUCAUUUUCUAUUACUUUCGGAAGAAAGGAAAGUAUGAUAAAAGGAACAAUUUCAGCUUCACCACUGUUGACUGCCUAUUCAAGCAGAGAAUUGAUGUGGUCCACCACGCAUAUCGCAAUGUUGAAACCCAGACAAAUGUGGCAAAUGAAGAGCAAGUAUUGAUUGAGUAUGUCAAGGGCCACAGGCUUAUUGCCAAUGUUCCGUGGCAUACGGUUAACAACGUGCUAAUACCGGUGAAUAUACAAGAAGAAAAUCAUUGGUUAUUGGUACUCCUUUCAUUCAAGGACAGUCGUCUGUAUGUUUACAACUCGUAUCAAUCAGCCGGGCACAACGCAAUUGUUAGGAAUGAAAUAAAAAAGCUUGCUACACUUCUGCCACAUUUCCUGCAUCUGGCUGGAUUCUAUGUAAAUAAAAAAAGCAUAGAUUUGGUGAAAGACCCAGCAUAUGCGGAUAAGGGACAGAUCGAUGUCCUUGAAGUUGUCUAUGUUGAUAAUCUGCCGCAUCAAACUGCUGGUAGCACGGAUUGUGGUGUCUUUGUGGCAGCGUAUGCUGAUUAUUUGGCAUCGGGUGAAAGGAUUCCAGAUGUCAUUGAUGCACACAUGCAGCGUAUGAGAUACGAUGCACUCUUAUGGGACUACGCUGAAGGCAAGGUUGCUGACAAAGCAGAGAGUGAUAAUGAAGUUCCACCAAGACCGAUUAGGCCAGCAAUCGAUUACGACACUGUAGAUACAAUUGAUGUUUGA